AGGAAGCUCAGUUCAUCUAAGCGGUCUGUCAGUGAGUAGACUUGGUGCUAGGAAUUAUUAGUAGAAGUAUAUCAUAGGACUUGAAAUGACUGAGUUUUAUAUUGUUAAAACAUCGUACUGUAUGAAGAUUUGAGUGGACAUAAACGGAGACAGGGAAUUGAAGAUUUCCAAAUGGUGCUGUUAGCAGAAGAAAACGAACCACCUGUAACUACGAAGUGGCCCCGGGUGACAAAGUUUAUUUUGUCUGCUUGCGCGGCUGCUGUUGCUGAAAUAGUCACUUUCCCACUUGACCUGACAAAGACACGGCUGCAGAUCCAAGGUGAGACUGCACUUUGUCGCCAUGGAGAUGGAGGCCACAAAGGGACCCCAUACCGGGGAAUGUUGUCUACGGCUGCUGGGAUUGUUCGAGAGGAAGGUCUGUUUAGACUGUGGCAGGGGGCCACACCAGCCAUCUACCGACAUGUGGUGUAUUCUGGGGUCCGGAUGGUUUCUUAUGAACAGCUUCGGGAGUCAAUGCUGGGCAGGAAUGAAGACACCACUUUUCCUUUUUGGAAAUCAGUACUGGCAGGGAUGCUGGCUGGUGCGAUCGGUCAGUUCUUUGCCAGCCCGACAGACCUGGUGAAGGUUCAGAUGCAGAUGGAGGGACGGCGCAGAUUAGAAGGGAAACCACCCAGAAUCCGCGGAGUGUACCAUGCCUUCGUGAAGAUAAUUUCUGAAGGGGGUAUUCGUGGACUGUGGGCAGGAUGGGUUCCAAAUGUACAGAGGGCUGCCUUGGUCAAUUUAGGAGAUCUUACUACAUAUGACACAAUGAAACACUUUUUGUUGAGAAACACAUCAGUGGAAGACAACUAUAUCUGUCAUGGAUUGUCAAGCAUAUCUUCAGGCCUGAUAGCAGCCAUACUUGGGACCCCAGCUGAUGUUGUAAAAACCAGAAUUAUGAAUCAGCCCAGGGAUGCUCAUGGGAGGGGUUUACUCUACAGAUCUUCUACUGACUGCCUCAUUCAAUCUGUGAAAGGCGAAGGAUUCAUAUCUUUGUACAAAGGAUUUAUACCCACAUGGAUGAGAAUGGCUCCCUGGUCCUUGACAUUUUGGCUUACCUUUGAACAAAUUAGACGAAUGAUAGGAGUCAGUUCAUUUUAGAACCUUCCAUUCAUGUCGCAGUUGGAGUGCAAUUCAAUUGAUGCUGGCAGUUUCAUCGAAAAUCAGGAAAAUGGUCUGAUUUCUUGAAAUACCUUUGAAGUUGUGAAUUAAUUGAUCUCACAGAUAAAGGGAUGUGAGUGAUUUUAGUAAAAUAAAAAGAACAGGAGGGAUUGAACAGGUGCAACUUGAAUAUAUUUAAUUAAUUUGAUUUAAAAUUAAAUUUCAGUAUGAUUUCUUUGGUCUUUGAACUCAAAAGCAAUAAUAGUGUACCAAGUCUUAAUUGUUCCUCUGUUCAAAACCCCAUCCAUCCCUUUGAUAAAUACCUACUGUAUCUGUAUGCCCACAAGCUGGAAUGUUAUUGCUGUGUUCAUGGUUACCACUGCAAGUCAAAACCAGAGCUAUUUCCAGGACUGUGAUUUCAUCCAGAACUUAAUGCUGUUAAUUGUACAUUUAGUUGCUGUAAAAGAAACAUAACAAAGGUUCCACACGAGAGAAGACCCAUCUAUCUUAUAGAAUUGCUACAACUGACAAUUGAUCUAAGAAUCGCCGCAAGAAUAGUUUGAAAGGAGACAAGGUAUCAGUUUCAACUACAUUGCUGAGUCGUUUAUUCCCACAGCCCUCCUGUUGUCUUAUUUUCUGUCGUUAAAUAUGAUUCUUAUUAUUUAAAUGUACUGAAGUUUAAAUGUGUAAGCUGUAGCUUCACUUCAUUGUUACACUGACAGAAUGUGGGAAUCUGAAAAAAGUCAAAAACGUUUCUGCACUUUAGUUAGCUAACCCAAAGGUAUUAUCAGUCAGUGUUAUAUUUGCUGUGUACUCAUCCUAUUGUGUCAUGGAUAUCUGUACUAAUUUUGGUUUAAAAAGCACAAUUCUAUUUUAUUUUAUGCCGCUGUACAGUGUGCAAGCCUGUAUAAAAAUAUUUCACAUCUUUGAUUCUCCAUGUCUAGCGGGAUGUUUGUCUAAAAAGUAAAACAGUUGUCUUUUGGAACUGCAAUGUGUCAGUGAAAAACUAAAAUUUCUUAAAAGCA